AUAAUUUAUUUUGAAUAGGUUGUUCUGGUUGAUUGAAGGUGGUUGGGUUUAAUUUAGACGAUUCAUAGCCGUAAGUGCAGUGACGGUGCUCACUCUUUCAUUCAACCUCAAACAUUGGAACCACUCUUUCAUUCACUUGAUCUUCCACAUUAUUAUUUAUUAAUUAAUGAAUUAAUUCCAUAGAAGUUAGAAGAAGAUGAAGAAAAAGAUUUCAACGUACCAGGGAUUUGGGAAGGAUUCAGGACCCGCUCAACCUCUUAAAUCUCAACCUUCUUUCGGCCUCAACGAUCCUUUUUCUCGCCCUUCUUCUUCUCCCAUCAUUACCCCACCCAGAUCUAUUGAAUCUUCUGGUUGGAGUGUUGGUCAGAAUUUGUUGUAUAACGAUUUGGAUGCCCAACCUCCUGAAAGGCCCACUACAGUCACAACAUUUAUAGCUUCGCGUGAUUCCACAAGUGGUACUACAGCCAGAGUCUAUAGAUCUCCGAACCCAGAAAGAACUCGAUCUCCUCCUGUAUCAUAUGCAGAUGUUGAUGUUUUGAGGAACCCAGGUCCAACUGUCCCAAGAAAUAACCGCCCAAAUUUUCUUACUGAAGAGCACGGUCACUCACUUCCUCUAAAAUCAAUAUCACCUCCUUUGGUACCUGUGAAUCAUCAACCUGUUCAGAAUUUUGAAGGUCCUUCUAUAUCUGUUCAGCAGCCCACUUUAGCUGGCAGCACAUUGGAUGGACAUGCCAGUCUAUCAGUCAAUUAUCCUAACUUUUCGGUUCCUCCUAUCCAGUCCUCUGUCUCUCCGUAUAUUGAUUCUCAGAAUCCUCGACCUAGUUUUUCAAAAGAACUUAACAAUCAAGGUUCAAAGAGAAUUAGGACCCCUCCUUCAACAUCUACCAACAUAAGCGGGAAUUUUAAUGAUGCUCAUAAGGACUUUAGAAGGCCUUCUAUUUCUCCUCCUAGAUUGGGAAGAACAUCAAAUGUUCCAAAGACCAACCCUCAUUCUCAACUUCAUCAAAUAUCUUUGCCAUUUAGUGUUUCUGAAGCUGCUGGAAGCAGACCCAUCUCCACUGCUCCUAAAAGGACAAGGUCACCUCCUCCAUCAUUUUCAGCGAGUGAAACCUUUGAAGGAAACUCUGUUUCCAUGGAAGACAACUAUGAACGUGAAAUGUUAGCCAAGGCAAAGCGUUUAGCUCGCUUCAAGGUAGACUUGAGCAAAUCUGAACAUAAUAAUGAUGAUGUUGCAGACCAUACAGUGUCUGCAAAUAGACAUGAAGCGUAUGUGUUAGAGAAGAAAUAUAUGGGAGGGAAUUUAAUGGAUUCAGCUGGCAACUUUACCAGUGGCCAAGGUGUUUCUGAUAAUGAAGGCCGGGAAACAUCCAAUGUUAUUAUCGGCAUAUGUCCAGAUAUGUGUCCUGAGUCAGAGAGAGGAGAACGUGAAAGGAAAGGGGAUCUUGACCAGUAUGAACGCGUGGAUGGAGAUAGAAAUGUGACCAGCAGACUUCUUGCAGUUAAGAAGUAUACUAGGACAGCAGAGAGGGAAGCCAACUUGAUCCGACCGAUGCCCAUCCUGAAGAAGACAAUCGGUUAUCUGUUAACUUUGCUAGAUCAGCCUUAUGAUGAGAGGUUUCUUGGCAUAUACAACUUCUUGUGGGACAGGAUGAGAGCAAUUCGGAUGGACCUGAGGAUGCAGCACAUUUUCAAUCAAGGAGCUAUUACUAUGCUGGAACAGAUGAUAAAAUUACACAUCAUUGCAAUGCAUGAAUUAUGUGAAUAUACUAAAGGAGAGGGAUUUUCCGAGGGCUUUGACGCUCACCUCAAUAUUGAACAGAUGAACAAAGCUUCAGUUGAAUUGUUCCAGAUGUAUGAUGAUCACAGAAAGAAAGGAGUGGAUAUUCCCACUGAAAAAGAGUUUCGAGGCUAUUAUGCUCUUCUCAAAUUGGAUAAGCACCCUGGUUAUAAAGUUGAACCUGCAGAGCUCUCCCUUGAUCUUGCAAAGAUGACUCCAGAGAUAAGGCAGACACCAGAAGUUCUAUUUGCCCGCAAUGUAGCAAGAGCUUGCAGAACUGGUAAUUUUAUUGCCUUCUUUCGGCUUGCAAGAAAAGCAACUUAUCUUCAAGCAUGUCUAAUGCAUGCUCACUUUGCAAAGUUGCGUGCCCAAGCACUUGCUUCUCUACAUUGUGGUCUACAGAAUAACCAAGGUCUUCCUGUUGCUCAUGUUGCUAACUGGCUUGCUAUGGAGGAUGAGGAUAUUGAGGGCCUUUUGGAGUAUCAUGGGUUCUUGAUAAAAGCAUUUGGAGAACCAUACAUGGUGAAGGAAGGCCUGUUUCUCAAUGCUGAUACUGAAUACCCCAUAAAGUGUUCCAAACUUGUGCACAAGAAAAGGUCUGGGACGAUAGUUGAGGAUGUUUCACCCUUAAUUCAUGCCGAAUCACCACCUGUUGGGACUACAAAAGAGAUUCAGAUGACAAAAGCAUACAAGUAUGAGCCCCAAAAAGAUUUAGCUUCUGAAAAUGAUAGUUCUGUCCAGAAGCUUGAUGUGGAAAUUCCAGAGUCUGAAACCAUUUUCUCCCCAAAGGAUAGUAAACCAGUAGAGGCAUUUGAAGACAUGCACGAAGUUCAGGACAGUGCUAAAGAUUAUGAUAUGGCUAGUGCUCAUCCUUCACCAUUGAGAUUCCCCUUUGAUAAUAUUAUGCCUGAACCGCAACAUGCAAGAAGUGGUGGGACGAGUACCAAUUCUUAUAUGAUUGUUGAAGCCUCGCCAAGGAGAAACCCGCCCUCUAAUGUGGAUGCCAAACCAUUGGAGAUUACACCAAAAACUGUUCCACCGGAAAAUUCAUUAGCUUAUAGCUUUUCUUUGCCACCUCCUGCGACCCAGAAUGUAUCCAAAAACGAUUCUCUGUUUAUUCACCAAGAACAUGAAGUUGAAAUUCAUGAAGUUAGAGAAAGUUGUCACGAUGAAGAAGUUGCUGAGGCCAAGCUGAAGUUGUUCUUAAGGUUAUGGAGGAGACGAGCGUCAAAAUUAAAGAUGUUACGGGAAGAGAAGCAAUUAGCAUCAAAUGCUGCACUGGACUCGUUACCAUUGGGCCCCCCAAUUCGACAUUGUAUAGAAAAACCUGCUAACUUUGACAAGUUCAACAUUGAUAUAAUGAUGAGGGAGAGAUAUGAAAAACAGGAAAACUCAUGGUCAAGACUUAAUGUUUCUGAUAUAGUUGGUGAUACACUAGGCAGAAGUAAUCCAGAUGAUAAAUGCUUGUGCUGGAAAAUUAUUCUAUGCUCUCAGAUGAGCAACAGUACAGAUGAAGUGGGAACAGCAGGCUUGUGGUUAACCUCAAAGUUAAUGCCUUCUAGCGAUGAUGAUGUGGUGAUUUCAUCUCCUGGCUUGGUAAUAUGGAGGAAAUGGAUUCCUAGUCAAUCAGACAUUGAUCCUACCUGCUGCCUCUCUGUAAUUAGAGAUACAUCAGUUGGUAAUCAAGAUGAGGUACUAUCAGGGGCAAGUGGAGUUUUGUUUGUAGUGUGUGAGAGCAUCUCAUGGAAACGUCAGCGAGCUCAUCUCCAUAAUCUUUUGACGUCAAUACCUUCUGGGGCCUGCUUGCCUCUGCUGAUCCUAUCUGGAGGCUCGUACAACGAAAGGUCCUCUUCUGUUAUAAUCAAUGAGCUGGCCCUUCAAGACAUUGAUAAAUCGAGGGUUAGUAGCUUUCUGCUUGUUUACCUCAGGGAAAACCAGCAGGUGAAACACUUGGAUGGAUUUUUCAGUGAUGCACGAUUAAGAGAAGGCCUGCAAUGGCUGGCAGAUGAAUCACCCUUGCAACCCAACCUCCAAAGUGUGAAAAUACGAGAACUUGUUCAGACACACAUUAGUUAUUUCUCUGGGGUGCAGGACAUUAUUAAUAACGCCAAGUUGAACCCUAAUGACUGCAUCUCAUUGUUCAAUAAAGCCUUGAACUGUUCAAUGCAGGAGAUUAUUGCUGCUGCUGAUUCAAAUCCUGCUGGUUGGCCAUGUCCAGAGAUUGAUUUACUUGACAAGUCUUUUGAUGAAGAUAGAGUAGUAAGAAGGUACUUGCCAACUUCGAGAUGGAGCUCAAAUGUGAAAACUCAACUAAUCAUUUGUGCUUUGCAAAACUGUAUGCUCCCUAUGUUUACCGAUGAUUUAUCAUGGUUGGCCAGAGGUUCGAAAAUUGGGCAGGAGAUUGAGAACCAGAGGGUACAGCUUGAGAAUUACUUGAUCCAGUACCUGACUCAUACUAGUAAUUUUAUGGGAAUUUCGUUGGCAGUAAAAGAGGCACGUGUCAUUAUACAAACAUGUGCUAGACUUGAGCUGUGUGGCUCAAGCUAUCGUGUAGUUCCUCAUUGGGGUAUGAUUUUUCGUCGAAUUUUUAACUGGCGAUUAAUGGGUCUAUCUAAUAGGGAAAUCUCCUCGGCUUACAUCUCAGAAUGUCAUCAUCAUGUUGCUUCUCAAAAUGUGGGCUUUGAACCAUGGUUAUCCUUGUCUUAUUAUCCAGAUAUAUCUUUAGAUGAAAUAAUCAGUGUUAGCUGCAAUUCUCUUCUUCCUACUAACGACGUGCGGCCAAGGCCGGAAGCACUUCAACAUCUUUCACCGAUGAAUUUUGAUGACGAAACUACUAACUCGAGGGAUGCUGAAAGAAAUUUUGGACUUGAUGAAUUGCCUAGCAUGAACACAGCUAGCACAUAUGGUAUAAACAACGCUAAAAGUGAAGCUUUAAUGAGUAGGAAACCAAGCAAAGAAGCUGAGAAGUUAAGCAAACUAUUGGAGCAAUGUAAUUUGCUGCAGGAUGGUAUAGAUAAAAAGCUGUCUGUAUAUUUUUGAUGGGAACAUAUAUUUUUAUGUUGUCGUAUGUAUCUUCAACUAAAGUAAUAUUAAUAGAAUGCUGGUUUAGAUCAAA